UGCAUGGAGCCGCUAUCCUCUCACGCAGCCCUGUUUUUUUGAGGGAAAAUGUAUCGUCGCGGCCAACAGUCUAUCUUCAAGAUCGCUUUCAAUUCCUUUUUAUCUACUGUGCCAAGGGAAUAUUUUCAUUUUACGAGACAAUACAAUAAAGGCUGGUCGUGUAUUGGCUGAUUUUUGAUCAAAUCAUACAUUUAUUUGCUCGAAAAUGCCAAGGACCAAGAAGAAGAAUGGCAGAGGAGGGCAGCAUGGAAAUGUGCAGCCCUUCAGCGAUGAGGAUGCCUCCAUUGAGACCCUCAGUCAUUGCAGCAGCUUCAGCGACAACACCAGUGUAGCAGAUGAAGGUGGAGAGGCCAAUGAGGAUGCUGCCCAGGAAGAUUUCCAAUUUAAGCUGAAAGGGUUCAUUGACAGCACAGUGGAUAAGAGUGCUAAAACCAGACAGGGAGCACUGGAUGGGCUUAAAACAGCAAUGGCCACACGGAUUCUAUACGAGUUCAUAUCUGAGAGAAGGAUGACCAUCACUGACAGCAUAGAACGCUGCCUCAAGAAAGGCAAAGGCGAGGAGCAGCGAGCAGCAGCGUCUUUAGCAUGCCUGUUGUGUAUCCAGCUGGGCUCGGGCAUAGAGAGUGAGGAGGUGUUCAAAACCCUGAAACCGAUCUUCAAAAACAUCCUGGCUGAUGGAUCAGCUAACAUACAGGCCAGGCAGGCUGUGGCAACAAGUCUGGGCCUUUGUACUUUAGUUGCAGAAGAUGACAUUUUGGAUGUGCAGGCUACAAUGGAAUGCUUUGAGAACCUGUUUACCCGGUCAUAUGCGAGAAGAGAUGGUACCUGCCCUACAAUUAAUCCCCAGACAAGCCAGCUGCACACAAAUGCAUUGCUGUCCUGGGCACUGCUGCUCACAAUCUGCAGUUCGACCCAGCUCAAAGACAUCCUGUGCAGACACUUGUCCAAACUGCCCAGUUUGCUGGAUAGUGAUGAUGUCAACAUGCGUAUUGCAGCAGGGGAGACCAUUGCUCUUCUCUUUGAACUUGCUAGAGAUAUGGACUCUGACUUUGAAUUUGAUGACUGGGAAGCACUGUGUGAUAAACUGAGUGCAUUAGCCACAGACUGUAACAAGCAUAGAGCCAAGACCGACAAGAGGAAGCAGCGGUCGGUGUUCAGGGACAUACUCAAGGCCGUUGAGGAGGGUGACUUCCAAUCUGAGUCAAUUCGCUUUGGGACGGAGCGCAUGACCAUCGAUAGCUGGGUCAGAAAGAGGACAUAUGAUGCUUUCAGAGAGUUUGUGGGUUCUGGGAUGAAUUACCAUCUACAGGCAAAUGAAUUUAUCAGAGAUGUGUUUGAACUGGGACCACCCAUGUUGGUUGAUUCAGCCACCAUGAAGGCAAUGAAGAUCUCUCGCUUUGAAAGGCAUCUCCACAACUCUGCUGCAUUCAAGGCUCGGACCAAGGCCAGAAGCAAGUUCAGGGAUAAGAGGGUUGAUGUGGGAGAAUUUUAGUUUUGUUCUGUUUUGUUUGACUCUCUAAUUUAUUUUUCAAGCUUUUAUGCUUUUAGAUUAAAUGUUAGGACUGUGCUAAUAAUCCUUUUCCGGGGGAACAUCCUUAAAAUAGCCACCUGUUAAAUGUGCAGAACUUGCGUAUUUGCUAAUUGAAUAGUAUAACUUCAAUACAUAGACAAGCAGUGUUGUACAUGUAGUAUAUGUUUCUUUCAUGUUAAUAUUGUGAUUUUUUUUUUAACCUUUGUAAUAAGUUAUACAUUUGCACAGUGUCUUGACACUGCUAAACAGAAUUAAAUCUUGUAAUUGACCUAAUCUUUUGGAUUUGUAUAAAGUUGUUAACUCUGAGUAUUAUGUUGUAGUCCUAGUUAUAUAAUCUAAAUGGCAAGGAGGGUGAAAUAAACACUGGGUUUCACUGGC